CCGAGACCCGGCUCCCCGCCUGCGCGUCUGUCUCGCUCACAUCACCCUCGGCCUCCUGCUCCACGACGUGACCAUGGCCGGGCUGCAGGAGCUGCGAUUCCCGGAGGAGAAGCCCCUGCUCCGGGGCCAGGAGGCCGCCGAGCUGGAGAACUCUGACACCUUCCUCUUGGCCAUGGACACAGACUGGAAGGAACAUGACAUUGAGACACCUUACGGCCUGCUGCAUGUUGUGAUCCGGGGCUCCCCCAAAGGGAACCGCCCUGCCAUCCUCACCUACCAUGACGUGGGCCUCAAUCACAAGUUGUGCUUCAACACCUUCUUCAACUUCGAGGACAUGCAGGAGAUCACCAAGCACUUCGUGGUGUGCCACGUGGACGCCCCUGGUCAGCAGGUGGGGGCGUCACAGUUUCCCCAGGGGUACCAGUUCCCCUCCAUGGAGCAGCUAGCCGCCAUGCUCCCCAGUGUGGUGCAGCACUUCGGGUUCAAGUACGUGAUUGGCAUCGGAGUGGGAGCUGGAGCUUAUGUGCUGGCCAAGUUUGCGCUCAUCUUCCCCGACCUGGUGGAGGGGCUGGUGCUGAUGAACAUUGACCCCAAUGGCAAAGGCUGGAUUGACUGGGCGGCCACCAAGCUCUCCGGCCUCACCAGCACUUUACCUGACACGGUGCUAUCCCACCUCUUCAGCCAGGAGGAGCUAGUGAGCAACACAGAGUUGGUGCAGAGCUACCGGCAGCAGAUCGGGAACGUGGUGAACCAGGCCAACCUGCAGCUCUUCUGGAACAUGUACAACAGCCGCAGAGACCUGGACAUUAACCGGCCCGGAACAGUGCCCAAUGCCAAGACGCUCCGCUGCCCAGUGAUGCUGGUGGUUGGGGACAACGCGCCCGCCGAGGAUGGGGUGGUGGAGUGCAACUCCAAACUGGAUCCCACCACCACGACCUUCCUGAAGAUGGCAGAUUCCGGGGGGCUCCCCCAGGUCACACAGCCAGGGAAGCUGACUGAGGCCUUCAAAUACUUCCUGCAAGGCAUGGGCUAUAUGCCCUCGGCCAGCAUGACCCGCCUCGCCCGCUCUCGUACCGCGUCGCUCACCAGUGCCAGCUCGGGGGAUGGCAGCCGCCCGCCGGCCUGCACCCACUCGGAGAGCAGUGAGGGGCUGGGCCAGGUCAACCACACCAUGGAGGUGUCCUGUUGAAGCCUGUGGCCCGGCAGAGACGCCCACCUGCCCCCGCCCGCAUCGACGUCCCACUGCCAUUCUCACGCCGCCGGCUCAUUUUCCUUUUAGUUUAUUUUUGUGAAGGCCAAGGGGAGGAAAUGGUUUUACUUCUCUUUUGUUAAAAAGAUGAGGGGGUUCAUCCUAGAUGCUGCGGAACAGUCUCCAGAUGGUUUUGAGAGGCUCACUCCUCCCCACCCCCACCUCACUCACCUUGUUAACUUGGCUGACUUAGACCCCCCUCUUCCAACUCCCCACAGUCAGGGCGGGGUACAGGGAGGAAGGGGAUUUGCUAAGGAGAGAGUUCAAGUCCUCCUCUGGGCAAGAUCCAGGAUAAUUUCCUAGACUGAAGCAAGCAUGGGAUGACCCCCUUGGGCAGGCAGAUUUGAGGAUGGGAUGGGGUUUUGAGGUGGUGUGUUGGGACAGCAGGUCACGAGGUCCAGCUCAGGUACGGAGGUGACAAACCAGGAGGCAGCAUUGGGGAGCACUAGGAGGCAGGAGCCCUGGAGCUCUGCAGGCCCUUUUUCUCCCCAUCUUCUCCACCAAGCACAUCUUGUUUCUUUUUGCACAUGUGACAAUCAUCAGAACCAUAGCCACAAGGGGGCGCUCCUACCAGGCAGCUGUGUUCCUGGUGCUCUCUGGGCUGGCCUGGUGAUAUAGGGCCAGGCAGGCAGGGACCGAACAGGGUUUCUCUGCCCAAAGAAGACAGAACACAGAGGACCUAAGAGGCAGGAACCCCACAGACUGUCUCAGCCCACACACUCCACCACCUCCUGGCCUUGUCCCAUGUCUGAGCCAAGGCCCUGUGGUAGAAAGUUGCCUGAUCCUCUAACUCCAUUGGGACCUGAUUUGGGGGCUGAGCUUAAAUGCUGAAAUAGCCCAUGAGGGUUGGGCACACCCAAGAACCUCCUGGUGUCUGCCUUCAGGAGCCAGGAUGUGGCUGGAGGCAGUGGUGGCUGAGGUUCCCAGUUCCAUGGAGGACAACCCAAUCAGCAGCUGUGUGUCCAAGGCCACCAGAAACAUGGUGGUGUUUCUGGUCGUGGUCAAGCUAUGCCAAUAUUUUCUGUGGGCAUCACUAAGAAGACAGUUUAUUUGGAGAGAAAUGGAAUAAGGUAGUGAGACUUCUGCAGGCCCCCACUGCCAUCUCAGAACCACUGGAGUGGCUUGGGCUGGGGCUUGCUGGGUCCUGGGGUGGGAGUCACCUCCCAGGUUUCUGAAGUGAACAAGGGCCAGGCAGAGGAGAAAGGCUCUCCAUACACCCUAGUCCCCUCCUUUCACCUGAAGCCCAGGACUGUGCCAUACACAUCCCACCCACCCACACUAUCAGGGAGAAUCUCCUGGCCCAAAAACCAGAGCCACUGGUCUUGGAGCCUAAAUCAAUUGCCAAACCCCAUUUUGAAAUGAGGGGAGAGAGCAAUGAAAACUGCAGGGCUGCGGAGGGGACAGUUGUUGUGAGGUGCUCUGAGGCUGCGCGGACACCUGCAUCCAUCUUUCCUUGGCACAUAUCACCCCCUUCUAGAAUCUUAAGCCAUUACUAGACUGCUCUAGAGCCUGGUGGAGUGUUAGUCUGUCCCUAGUUCUAUUCACUCAUGUGCUUCCUUUGAAUAUCAAAUGUGACUGUUUGAAAAGCUGGUAGAAUUAAUCCCUCUUACUGUAGAUAGCGCUGCAGACCUUGGAUUUUUUUUUCUGUGUUCAGAUGAGAUAUCUAUAAAUAUCUAUACAUUAUAUAUAUAUAUGUAUAUUGGGUCUUCCUGCGUGUGGUUUUCCAUAGGAGGUUGUCUCUGGUCACAGUGAACUUUUAAUGGAGUUUAUUAUUUUCCUCUCUGUAUAAAGUGAAGAACCUAAUUUUGUGUAUUCUGGUGGCUGAUGUCAUGAAACUUUGAGAUGACAAAAUGUAAAACAAAUAAAAACCCUUGUCAAAGUAGAAAGA